CCCUUCUCAGCCUGCGGCCCCUGCUCCACCUGAGGUUCAGGAGACCUUCCCAUUCUCCUCCAGGACCAGUGACUGCUCAUGCCAAUGUGUGGCCUUGGGGGUGGCAGGAGUGGAAGCCUUAACUAGAAGAAUGUUGCAGUUGCAGGUGGCGAAUGAGUGCUUGAAAUUAUCCUCAUUGCCAGAUAAGAAGACUGAGCCAGAACAGUUAGAUAACUUGGCCGCUAACACUGUGGCCUAUGCAGCUCCUGACCCCCGGGGAAUCGUCAUCAACCUGGAAGAUGGCGAGAUCUGCCUGAACAGCGCCCAGUGCAAAAGCAGCUGCUGCCAACACUACAGCCCCCUGGGCGUGGCCCGCUGCACCCACAAGGCCAGCGAGAACAGCGAGUGCUCGCCCAAGACAAUCUAUGGGAUUUACUACAAGUGUCCCUGUGAGCGGGGCCUGACCUGCGAGUCGGACAAGACCAUUAUUGGCGCCAUCACCAACACCAACUACGGUGUCUGCCUCGAUGCUGGCCGCACCAAGGAGUGAGACCACCCCACUCCUGCAACUAGCCCGGCAGGCUGCACAGGACCCUUCCCCAAGCUCUACCUCUUCUCCCGAGCUGGCCACCUCCUUGACCAGCACCUCUGUCACCUAAUUGGGUUCUCAGCAAUAAAACCU